CCAAAGGGAUUCUAAAGUCGCACUCGGUUAAGUACAAUUGAUGUGUGAUUUGUGUUCAUGUUUACAACAUGAGUUGGUUAAUCAAUAAGAUAUGAAUGACGCUUUCUUAUUUGUCAUAUAUUAUGGUUAAAGGCAUUAUGUGUUAAAUAUGUUAUUCCGCUUUCGGAAAGCGAUCCGCUUUUUGUAGUAUCUAAGGAACUCAAUUUGUUUCAAAAUGGCCGAAAACGGAUGACAUGUGAGGCACACAUAGUAAUUUGCUUAUUUUGUACGCAAAACCCUGACAAUUAUCUCAACCACAGGAAUGGCAUUAUCAAAUGGUUUCAUUGAGGAUAUUUCAGCAUCGCUUGUAAGGGAAUACCUCAGUCGGAAGGGUCUCAAAACAACUCUACAAGUGAUGGAUGAGGAGAUGCCGAGGACAGGAAGCAGCAUCAGCAACAGGCAGGCACUCAUGAAGGAAAUUAAGAUAGAAAAACUAAUGAAGAAAAACAAGGAUACGGAUCCACCCCUACGUACAAUGAUUGAAGUCAUGUCCAGAUUCUUCAUGGAGAAAGGUGCCACUGUCAGGGACUCCCCAAGUCUUGGUCUACCAGCAGCAGACUGUCCUUCACCUUUGUCACAGCCCGCCAAGUCUCUCACAUCACCUCGCUCAGGGUCAAGGUCAUCCAAUUCAUCCAGUGGCAGUGAGGUCAUGAUGACAUCAAAAGCCAGACCAUCCACAACACAGUUUAAGAGUCGAAAAUGCAACGACCACGCUGACCUUGUGAUAGAAGAUGAUGUUGAGAGUGAGACCCUUCUGGGGGAAGGGAAGUCUGGUAUUUUCUCCAACGAGAUGUCGGAACCGGAGCCAGUGCCACGCCCACAAACCAGACCCCUUUCAUCGAAACGAAGGCCCAUGUCAGGGGCUAUUUUGAGUAAUCUGGAUGAUGCCAAUCGCAGAAGAAAUCCAAAGCCUCGAUUCACGAACAGCACCCAGUCCCGUCCAGUUGCCACCUUGCCCACCGUUUCAUCCAACUCUAGUCUGGAGGAUAGGCCCGACCCUCUGCUACCAGAACCUACCACCAACUCCUACACACCUAAGUCGCGUAUACACCAGGAACCAAAACCAGUCAGUCGAGUUGACAAUGACACUGAAGCCAGGCACUCGCGGAGUCGUGUUUCUAUCGAGGAUGUUUUGGAGAAGAGCUCGGAGAGGCUGGACCAGAUCAGUCGGAGGAAAUCACAGACUGAGAUGGUGGAGCAGAAGAAGAGCUACAGUGUCGAUAUGUCCAGUAUGUCUCGUGAUCGCCCCAAAAGUCGGACAUCAUCACGAUCCAGCGAACCUGUUAAAACCUUAGUAGGAGAUGUGGAAUUUGGUGAUAUGGACGACCUGGAGAAUGAAGUGAGUGACCUUCACCUUGGUCCUACUUCAUCGAUAUUAAAGCCAAAUAACAACAGGAUGAAGAUAAACACCAGCAAGCUGGACUCCACACCCAUCGACACGAAAACCUGCCGUGGUAGGAUCAUAAGUUUUGUGGCCCUGAAGGUGUUGAUUCAUGGUACAGCAACCCUUGGCUUCAAUGACGAGUGGUUCUACCAGAGUCUGGGCUUCUGUGAUAUGCCAGAGUUGCAGUAUGGGAUUGUACAGAAGAAGGGUGGUCCGUGUGGAGUGAUGGCCUCCAUCCAGGCUUGUAUGCUGCAGGAGAUGCUGUUCGGGGAACAGAAGCUGACACACAACAAAUGUCUGGACCCCUCGAGAAGUGAAAGGUCCAACUUCCUGGCUCGGGCUCUCAGUCAUAUACUGUGGCGGGCUGGGGAUUGUAAGAAGGCUAUCGUAUCAAUGCCCUCAGGGAGACCCCACGUUCUCGCCAGUGCUAAAUUCAAACAUGACAACCUCACAGAAACACUGACACUUUAUACUUUCACCAAAUAUGAUGAACUGCUGAGUUUUAUUAAACAGUCUGUAUCUCAGUUCGAGCUUGACGGCAACAACGGGGUGAUACUGGUGCUAUACUCGGCCCUGCUUUCAAGAGGGCUGGACAGAGUUCGUGAUGACCUGGAUGAGCCUGAGGGGAAACUGAUGGCAGCCCAUGGAUACUGCACUCAGGAAAUGGUAAACUUGCUGCUGACCGGCCGAGCUGUGGCUAACGUGUUUAAUGAUGUCAUGGAGCUGGACUCCGGGAAUGACCAGGUCACCAUCCUCAAAGGCAUACACGCACGCUCGGAUAUUGGAUUCCUGUCCUUGUUUGAACACUACAAGUCUUGCAAGGUGGGGACGUACUACAAGACCCCCAAGUUCCCAAUCUGGGUUGUGUGCAGUGAGAGUCACUUCAGCGUGUUGUUCAGUAUCCGAAGAGAGCUGAUCAGUGACUGGAAGGCCGAGCGUAGGUUUGACCUCUACUACUACGACGGCCUUGCUCGACAACAGGAGCAGAUUAAACUAACUGUGGAUACGUCGAGUAGAUUCUUCAAGCCACCUUCUGAUGAGGAGCUAGUUCCUCCGCUGGACCACUGUGUACGCACAAAAUGGGCCGAUGCUGAAGUGGACUGGAAUGGCUAUGAGCCUAUUCUCUAGCCAUCCAACAAUGAACCUACUGCUGAACGUAGGCAUAUUUCAGCCAACAGGCACCAGCAGGGCAGUUUAUACCCUGUCUAUAGACUGUGAUACUGUGACUGAUCUGACCAGUUCUACUUAACCCAUAAUGACAUGGAUGACAAGUUGUACAAAGAGCACACAAUGUGAUGACAUUUUUAACUAGUUCAACAUAAUUUGAAAUUGUUUCAGUUUAUGUAUGUCAAAACCAGACAGUUAUAGGGCUUUGUUUAUACUCACCGUAUCCAGUGUACUCACAUACGACUUGCUAUAUGGCUGAAACAAUGUCGAUGCAACGUUAAAUAUCAAAUUUAAACUCACUCACUCACAUACGUCAUGUUUCAUGGGGUCGCAGAUGGCCCAGUCGACUCAGGCGCCACAAUCGGCUGUGCACAGCGACAUCCUUGGGCAAACCACAAGUUUAUGAUCGUGGGCUCAAAUCCCUGUCCUCUCCAGUUACUGGCAGUUAGGUUGCUAGGUUUGUCAUACUGGUGUCAUGGGUUUCAUCAAAGUGGCGGACAUCCAAGGCCUGUAUCUUUUGGG